ACAAAAUGUACAAACCAAAACAAAAUUAAAACUCAAACUCUGUAGUAGUCACCUAUUUUCUUUUUUUUUUUCUUGAGAAAAAAAAAAUACAUGGAUAAGUAAGUUUCUGACAAAUAAUAGUGAAACAAUUUCCCAAUUUUUUAGGGUUUCAAUUUCAGGUCUCAAAUUUUCAACUCAGGGUUUUGUACUGUUUUGUGAAGGUGGAUAUGGGUGCUGAGGAGGGGACAAGAAACGGUGAAGGAGCAGAGAUUGGGGAGGAGAUUAAGUGCUUCAAGAGUGAACCAGUGAAUAAUGGGUUUGGGUCUUUAUUUGUAAACGAUUCUGGUGAUGGGAGCUCAGGAGCAAGUGAGAGUUUGCGAACAUAUAAGAGACGGAGACAGUUAAGGUCAACUUCAAAUAUCGAAGUGCAAGAUGGUGGGAGAGCUUCUACAGACCAGGUCACUCUUCCUUUUACAGAUCAUUGUGCUUCUUUAAAUGAUUCCAAUUAUUGUCUACAAAGGAAGUGGAGAAAUGUUGUUUUGGAGAACAUGCAUCAGUUUUUAAGUGGUGAUGAAGGUGGUAUACAACGUUGCAUUCAAGAUGCACUUUUAUUUCAUCAAGAAAAUGAUUGUAAUGUGACAGUUAAGGAUUCUGAUACUUGUCAUGAAGAUAAACAGAACUGCUCUCCACAAUCCGGGCAGAUUCCUAAUGGGUCUUAUAAGGAAUUAAAUCCUCAAACUACCACUGAGAGGUGUCAACGUGUUUUUUUUGAUGUUAUAAUUUCAGAAAAGUUCACAUCUUUGUGUAAGCUUCUGUUAGAGAAUUUCCAAGGGAUUAAGCUUGACAAUCUUUUUCACUUAAGUCUAAUAAACUCAAGGAUGAAAGACGGAGAGUACGAGAGAUCACCUAUGCUUUUUGCAUCAGAUAUUCAGGAGGUAUGGAGAAAACUUCAAGUACUAGGAUCAGAAAUUAUAUCCCUUGCGAAGAGCCUUUCAAACAUCACAAGUGCUUCCUGUAGUGAACAAGUUGGAUGUUCUGGUGGCAUUGCUGAAAAGGAGGAACAUGAGUUCUGUACUCGGGAAUCAGAAAUUCUUGCUAAACGGGAGCAAAUUGAAGCAUGUGGUGUCUUUAAAGUUUGCACUUGCAGGUUUUGUGGGGAGAAAGCAGAUGGGAAGGACUGUUUAGUAUGUGAUUCAUGUGAGGAAAUGUACCAUGUUGCCUGUAUUGAGCCUGCUGUGAAAGUGAUUCCUCCAAAAAGUUGGUAUUGUGCCAGAUGCACCAGUAAUGGAAUGGGAUCUCCACAUGAGAACUGUGUGAUAUGUGACAGACUGAAUGCCCCACGGACUCUCAACAGCAAUGUUGCUGAUGAAAAUUAUAAUGAACAUUUUGAAACAUUUACUGAAUUGGAAGAAAAUUCAAACUGUAGUGUUGGUAGUUGGCUUCAGUUAUCACCAGGGAGCAAAACCCGGCUUGUUUGCAAAAUUUGUGGAGGUAAUUUUGUAAAAGGUGAGAAGUUAAGGAGUUGCGAGCAUCCUUACUGCCCCAAUAAAUAUUACCAUGUUAGGUGCCUGACAAUGAAGCAGUUAAAAACAUAUUGUUCUCGCUGGUACUGCCCUUCUUGUCUGUGUAGAGCUUGCCUUGCUGACAAAGAUGAUGAUAAGAUUGUUUUAUGUGAUGGCUGUGAUGCUGCAUACCACAUUUAUUGCAUGAAACCACCACGAACUUCAAUCCCAAGCGGAAAAUGGUUUUGUAGAAAAUGUGAUGCUGGGAUCCAGCGAAUACAUAGAGCUAAAAGAGCAUAUGAAAGUAAGCUGAAAUUGAAGGGCAUAGGAGGUAAAAUGGCAUAUGGUAAUCUGGAAUUGAGCCGGAAUCAGGGAGAGAAAGAGGAAUCUGAUAAAAGUAGAGGUGGAAUGGACAUGCUUCUAUCUGCUGCCAGUACUCUACACUUUGUGGAGAAGUUGAAUGCGAAUGGCAAGAAGAGUUAGAAAGACCUUGCACUUGGGAGGACAUAACAUGAUAUGAUUUGUUUUUCACGGUAUAAUGCCUUUACCUUUUCUAUUAUGGAUAGCUCAGAUUGACAACUUAUUUUCACUUCAUUUUUUGGGCUGGGAAGCAGAUUGGUGUAGGUGUAGGUUAUUAACUUCAUUAGAUUUUACUAGCAUUUGGAUGAAUAGCUAUGAUCAAAAAACGAAUUAAAAAAUUAAUAGCAUUUGUAUGAUCUCUGCUUGAUCAAUGGGAUUGCCAAACUGUAAGAUCCUGUUGGUACAGAAAAUCAUCCACUAACAGGUACGAUUGAACUAAUGUUAGUUUGUAGUUUGAGAAUAGAUAGUUUUAGUGUCAAAAGUGAAUGUUUCCCAACAAUGUUGUAGAAUUGUGGAGAAAACUCUAACCAAACAGCCUGUUGUAAGCUAUGAAAAGUUUAGUCUAAUUGGAUGAUUACCUUUUGUUAUGCUUUUGGAUAUAA